AUGUUGGAGGGCAAGAAAGCCAAGGUCGACUACUUGAGAGCGAGGGAAGAUCAGAUGAUUUGGACGACGACGGUCAUCACCGGCGCCUUUUUUGACUAUGCCUUCAAGAUCGGAUUUCUGGGCUUCAACCUGCAGGACCACGAAGCCACCAUCAACGACGACGGCGUCAUCCCGGCCUCCGUCAGCACUCUCUCGCAGAUUGGCCGGGCCCUGAUUGCCAUCCUCCGACAUGCCGAGCUGACCAAGAACCAAUACGUCUACGUCGAGUCCUUCACGGUGACGCAGAACGAGGUCCUCGCGGCGCUCGAGCGGGCGACAGGGGGCGAGAAAUGGGCUGUCCAGCGCGUGGACCUGAAGCCCUUGAUCGAAGAGAGCACGGAGCGCUUCAAUCAGAGGGAUCUGGCCGGCGCGCGGAUCCUGAACCUGGCGGCCGGACUGGGAAGGUUCCCCGAUGGGCCCUACGGCGAUUGGAGCCGCGUGCCCGGGGGUUCUUGGAAUGCCCGGCUGGGGCUGGAGGUGGAGGAGUUGGAUCAGGUGGUCCAGUCGGUGGUUCAGUCGGUGGCUCAGUGA